AUGUUUCCAUGCUUGCUCAUCCUCUCUCUGCUGGUGGGGAACACAAGCUCAGGCCCUGUGAGCAGAGCAAAGCCUGCAGCAUCCAGGGAUGUCACCACCUUUUUCCAGCUGGCUCAGGAAGACUCUUGGGAGAACGUUAAUCUCACCAGCAUGUCCUGCGAGGAUCAGAAGAACAGGACCUGGGUCACCCUGCAGCUGACCAACAGCAGCCUGACGGCUUUCCCCGUCUGCCUUCCGGAGACCCUGGAGACCCUGGAUCUCAGCAACAACCUUUUAGAAGAGGUGAACAGCACAGUGAUAGCAAACCUCCCGCAGCUGCGCAUCCUAAUGCUGAGGCAGAACCAUCUCCAGUCAGUUAGGUGGGGAUCUGAAGCCCUCACCAGUCUCAUAUCCCUGGACUUAAGCUUUAAUAAGCUGUUGUCUGUGCCAUUAUGCCACAGUUCUGCCCUGCCUAACUUGAAGUGGCUGUCCCUGGCUGGAAAUCCACUGAUCGAAAUUCAGCCGCUGGCUUUUUCCUGUUAUCCUCAGCUACAGUUUCUGAACCUCUCUGCAACGCUGCUUGGCCAGGACGACAGCGUAGGAAUUAGGGAGUCUGCUUUUGCCAUGAACACAUCUCGGAGUGAGGCCACAAACAGGCCUGGAAACACCAUCAGCAUGCUCGAUCUGAGCAGGACCUCUCUUGAGAAAAUUCAGCCAGCAUGGACCAGAGACUUGCCCAACCUCAGAUCACUUCACCUGACAAAGAUGUCCCGAUUAAGAAGCCUUGAUACUGACUUCUUCAAGUUCAUGCCUAGUCUCCGAGAGCUGAACUGCCAAGACUCCCGCUCACUGAGUUUUGUGAGAACAGAGAUAUUUGACAGUGCUCCCCAUCUGAGCCAUCUCUCAUUUGAGAACUGUAACCUGAGUUCCUUUAAUCCUUGGAAUACCAAUUCAUCAGAUAGCAUCACCAUCAACUUGUACGGAAAUCCUCUGUUAUGCGACUGCCAGCUCUCCUGGCUGCUCUCCAAACCCAAGGAAGUUGUGCUGCAAAAGGCUAGGGAGACUUCUUGCAACACAUCCCAGGAAGACUGGAGCAGACCUUCAACAUCUUUUUCACUGCUAGAGCUCUAUGAUAAAUGCCAGUCUGAGAAAAAUCUCACGCUGCCCAACACGAGCACACCCUCUCCCAAACAUGAUGCUUUCAGCAUUACUGAUUAUGACGCCACUACUGGAGUAACGACAACAGACUCUGCUCCACUAAGCAAAGACACUUAUACCAGCUCCCUAAUUCAGAGGGACGUAAGGAGCACAACGGCAGCCAACCCAACUGAGCCAAUGCUCACCAAGGCCAACACUUCCUCCCACCAAGAGGAGGCAGUUUCCGAACCCAGAAGCAAUCCCCCUCCUUUCUUCAUGUCCAUAACGACCUCCCUGGGGCUUCUCCAAGAGCUCUAUAGUCAGUCCUCAGAUUAUAGCUCCACAAGUCAAACUGGAACAGAUCAGCUAAAGGGAGAGCUCAGAACAACCGAUGCGACGUUUCCCCAGGAAGGCCCAUUCAACCAGCCCACUAGUGAAUAUUCCACUAGAGCAACAGGAAAUCCCAAUGCCACUGACCAUUAUAUUCACUCCUUUGCCACUCACGCUGGGGAAGGUACACCACAAACGAACCUACCGCAGCUGAACUCCACAAGGACCACUGCUCGGUCGCAGCCGGCAUCCACCAGAUCGCUGAUACACUUUGUAGAUGACUACGAUUACGGUGACCACUCAACAGACCCGCCCGUGCAACCAGCCUACACCAUCUGUGACUACAAUCCUUGCAGGCACCUUCAGAAGCCGUGCAGUGAACUGCAGCGUGCAUCCCAGUGUUUAUGUCCUGGCAUGUCGAGGGAAGAUGAGGUUCCAGAUCCACCAAGGCUCCGAGAAGUGUCUGAAGUUACAGACAGCUCUGCACAGAUACACUGGUGCGCCCCAAAUUCAGUUGUUCACACCUACGAGCUGAUGCUUCACGCUCAAGGCGGUGAGAACAGACGGUCUGUCCUGGACAAUAUUUAUUCCACAGCAAGGCAGUACACUCUGUAUAAUCUAUCACCAUACACCACUUACUACAUUUGCGUGACUGCUUUGAACAAAGCAGGGUCAAGCCAGAUAUCAAGUCAGGGAGUUCCAGGGAAUUCCUGCACCAGAUUUAAAACAAAACCCAGCUACAAGUCUGUCUUUGCUGCUCUGUCUGCAGCAAGCGGACUCUUUCUCAUUUCCACAAUUAUUUUGUCUGUAUGUCUGUGUAAGGCAUGCAAAAAGCCUCAGAGCGAGCAAUAUGGUACACACUUAGUCUCGUACAAGAACCCAGCCUUUGAUUAUCCAUUAAAACUACAAACCACUAAUUAG